UAUCUUCGUCCACCAUCCAAUCCAUGGAGCUCCUGCACACUCUUCCUUCCCUCUCUCAUCUCGGCAAAUAACGGCGGCGGCGGCGGCGGCGGCAGCAGGAGGGGAGGAGGUACAGGAGUAGGGCAAGAAGAAGGAAUUGAUGGGUUGUAAUCCAACUCCUCUCUCCCUCUCUCUCGACUCCGCCCUGCGACCUUUCCUUGCAUCCCGCUCUCCUUCUGUUAUCCAAUCCCGUCACAAGCCCCACGCUUUGCGCUUCCUCAAGCUCGUCCGCCGCGCCUCCUCUCCCUCGCCGUUCCUCUCCAACGGCCCCGCCCCCGGUACCUUCCUCGACCCCGAGGCUCUCCAUAGCCUCGACGCCCUUCGCCUUUUUCGCCGUGGCAUCGAACUCGACCUCACUGGCGACGGAGGCGGUGGAUUCCUCGAGAUCCGGCCGAUGGAGGCCGGCGAGCUCGAGGCCACGGCGCAGCUGCUAGCCGAGUCCUUCGCCGAGUCCAUGUUCGUUCCCCUCCGAUACGUUUACGUCCUCACCUUUCUCGUGAAGCAGUACAUCGAGGAGCGGGUGGCCCUGGAGCCGCACGUGGCAGUGCUCCUCGGGUUUUACAGGGAGGCGGGGGCCGAGGGCGAGCCACAACUGGCGGCCACCGCGGAAAUCUCAUUCGAUGCCCGCGGAGCCAAUGCCGCCCCACCGACGCCGGUGCCCCCAAGAGAAUGCCCUUACAUCUGCAACAUGGCUGUCAAAAAGACGCUUAGAAGGAGAAGAAUCGGAUGGCAUCUUCUGAAGGCAUGUGAAGAGCUUAUAACUCAAAUGAAGGCUCAAAGAAGAGUAUACCUUCAUUGCAGAGUGAUUGAUAAAAUCCCUUUCCAAAUGUACCAAAAAGCUGGGUAUAAUGUCAUCAAAACCGAUAGCUUUCUAUCUUGGUUCACACUCCAAAGACGCAAGCACUUAAUGUGUAAAGAGUUGCCCCCUUGUACAGAUGUUAUUGGAUCUCCAUGAUUGUGAUGCUUUCAUUCAAUUCCAGUCAUCACAUGUAAUAUGUUCAAGUGGAAGAAUAAUCUACUAAGAGAUUGAUUUUAAAUAAGUUCAAUAUUCAAAUAAGAUAAAUACAUUGAUUAUGUCAAUAGGAUAAUCCUUUCAUGAGUAUAGAUAGAACUUUGAAUA